AUGACGUGCUGGAUGUGCAGCUGCGGUGGGUGGAACUGGGACUGGCGCACCACGCGCCUUGGCUGCGGGCACGCUCCGCCACGGGCGCUGGAAGCAGCAGCAGCCAAGGCCAAGCUCCAGGCUGAUAAGGGCGGCUGGGUGGAUCAGCCGCGCGGGCGCCGCGCCCAGCGGCGAGCCCGCAGCGCUGCAACGAGCGCGGCCACCUCCAAGCCGCAGGCCUCGGCAUCGUGCGACAGUGGGGCGCCCAGCGGCAGCGGCGCCACGGCGAUCGAGAGGCUGCAGGUGGCGGUCGAGCAGCUGGAGGCGCUGCAGGCAGAGCCGCCCGACGGGGCCGAUGGCUGCUUCACCGACGUCGUCGCCAGCCAGUUGGAGGCCAAGCGCGCCGAGCUGGCCGAGGCCCAGCGGGCUGCAGCGGAGCAGAAGGCGUCCUCCAUGCCGCUGUCGACGCUGCUUCACAAGGAGGCGAACGCCAUCAGCAAGGCGGAGAAGCGCCUCCGAGCGGCGCGCCAGAGCCUGGAGCAGAAGCAAGCGGCGCGUGGCCUCGCCGAGGCCCAGCUGCAGAAGGCCCAGGAGGAGCUGGCGCAGUUCGACGCGGAGGUGGCGCGGGCGGCCAUUCGCGCCCAGGUGGGGGCGGUGCGCGCGCAGCUCGCCGAAGCCCUUGCGGUCCCGAGGAGAGCCCCCUGGGCGGAGUCGCGCCCCAUGGACGAGAUCAGCGGCGAGGACUGCGACCACGCAGGAGGCAGCGGGCCUUGGCAGCCGCAGUGCGCCGCGGAGCGCGGCCAGGCCGAACGUCGCGGCGACGCCCACGGCGAGUGGCCGAAGGUCGCCCAGGCGUGCAAGCGGGAGCUGGCGGCCGAGGCUGAGGACCUGGCCCCUCUUGCUGCUCGCCCUGCUGGCCGCGCCGCCGGGAGUCGCGGCGGAGGUGCGAAGCCUAGGCAGCAGGAGGGCGGCGGCGCCGAAGCGGCCCGCAUCGGCGGCAAGCGGCCCCUCGACCUCGGGAGUGCGCAGGCCCCACCAGCGCCAGGCCAAGCUGCGACGGCAGCUCAGGAUGUGCGCUGCGGGCUGGAGGAGCUCGGGAUCAACGGCAACGCAUGGAGGAAGGGCCUGGAGGAGAUCGAGGCCUUGGACUCUCGCAGCUGGGCCCCGCCGCACCUUGCGAUGCUCCAGGAGACCCGCCUGGCUCCGCACCGCCUGGAGGAGGCCGCAGGAGCAGCGCGGCGCAUGGGAUACGCGGCGUUCCUCCACGCGUCGGCACCCACGGACAAGGAGGGCCCGCUGGCGCACUCAGGCGGCGCCGCAGCCUUGGUUCGGAGCGACCUGCAGGCAGCUGUGAUAGCCUGGCAGGUCCCAAGCGACCUGAGGCAUUGCGUGACUGGAGCCACAGCGUCCGCUGCGUCAGACCUGUUGCUGCUGGCGUGCUCGAUGCACCUCCAGGACGGCCUGGGGCCCAAAGGCGUCAACCUCGACUUCCUCGCCGCCGUCGGAGACAUGGUGCUCUAUGCGAGCCCGCGUUUCUUUUCCGUCAUGGGCCUGGCCGCCGGGUCGUUCAGCGCAAACGGGACAGUCCUGGCGGGGUGUGCGUGGGCCACCACUGUGGGCAAGCUGCCUGUGCUGGCAGCCCUCCGCGCCGCCUCAGCGGGCGGCAGGCCACGGGGUGUCGCUCGCAACGUCGUCGACGACAUCGCGCCGCAGGCCGUGGGCACGGAGCGGCGGGUCGCCGCGCUGCUCGGCAACGCAGGGCUGGAAGUGGCUCGCAGCCGCCGUGGUCUGCACCUUCCCCUCAGCGCUGCCAAGGAGUACAUGGAGGCCGAGUCCGAGCUGCAGGAGCGUUUCGCCGAGCGCGCAGGGCUGCGCAUGCGCCGUGCCGAGCUCAGGGGGAGGCGUGACCUGGAUCCUGCAGCCUUCACGGCAGGCCACGCAGUCCAGAGGAGGGCGGGCUUGCUGCAGUCAGGCGAGCUGCCGCCCAGAAUCAUGGAGCGGGGUCUGGAGGCGGCGGCCACCAGACACGCAAGGGCUGACACGCCAUGGAAGCACUGCGCCUCCCCCUUCGACGCGGUGGUACUGACCUGUGCGCGGAUCGGCUGGCACUUCAAGUCCGAGCGGUGCAUGGUCACGGACCUCGGCGAUGAGCUCGACCUCAUGCACCUCGGGCCUCGGGAGUUGGGCUCGGAGGCUGGCCUUGGCGCUCAGCGCGCGCCCGUUCGUCGCGAGAUGCGGAAGCUCAGCCAUGGCGCCCUCCUGCUGCGGCCGCUGUACUGGGGCGCCAUCGGACGCCUGCUCGGGCCAGACAGCGGGCCCAGAGUGUGGGAGCAGAACGUGCUCGAGGCCUACAUCUCCAACGCGCACUGGACGCAGGCCAGGCUCUUCGAUGCAGGUGAACGGAGGCAUGCGCGCUGUUGCGGUUACGGAGCAGAGAGAGGCACCUUGUGGCACCGCUUGUUCGGCUGCCCCGUGCUCGAGCCCCAGCGGCGCGACGGAGUGUCGGCACGGCUGAAGCGGGGUGCAGAACGUGCGCGGGCCCCAGGCGAGCGCGCAGGCGACAACUUCGGCCGUUGCUGGCCGCCCGCUCCAGAGCCGCCGCAGGGUCGCCGCACUGACGCCAUGUGGGUGCAAUAUGUCUGCAGGCCAGCCGAUGAUAAGCUCAACGGCAAGCUGUACCUCGAUGGCUCGGCGCUCGAGCCGCAGGUCGGCGCCUUGCGCGGUGCGGGCUGGGCCAUAGCGCAGUGCGACGACGGUAACCUGGUGGCAGGGGUCUACGGCAUCGUCUGGCGCGACCUCUGCCCGCAGCAGACGGCCAAGGACGGCGAGGACCUUGCAGCCUGGAUGAUCGCCGCCUCAACGGGGCCAGCAGUGGAGGAAGUCAACAUCGACUGCAGCCACACAGCGCGCUGCCUGCGGAGAAGGCGUGCGCACGCCACCGCGCCCUGCAGGGCGAACGCCCACCUACGGUGCAGGAUUCUGGCAGCCCUCGAGCCAGGCACUUUCGAGGUGAAGAAGGUGCCAGCCCCCUGUUCGAGGCAGGCAGUGCUCGACGGGCUCCUGACGGAGGCUCAGAGGCGCGGCAACGAGCACGCCGACCGCCUCGCCGAGAUGGGUGCCCAGAUGCAUGCGGUGGACAGGCUGACAGUUGGCGUGCACCAUGCGCUGGCGGAGAUCGUGCAGGAGCUCGGGCGCUGGAUCUGGUGGGCCGCCAUCAUCUGGCCAGGCAUCGAGGCCAGGGACUGCGAAGGGCUCCCUCCUACUGCUGAGCGGCGCCAGGGGCGUUUCGCCGCCGCCGAGGUGUCUCGGGCAGCGGAGGAUGCCGCGAGCGAUGGGCCGAUGGCCAAGCAGCCACGCCUGGAUAACGCCCGCUCGACAGGCAGCAGCUCGGCAGCCCUUUCGGCCAGUGCAGUAGCCUUCAGCAUCCCGGGACAUGCCCUGUCCUAUGCCUGCGCUGGAGAAGGCGAGGGCACCCAAGAGCUCGUGGCAUGCUCCAAGUGCGGCGCCUACAUGACGCUGGGCGGACGCUCAGGGGUCAGGCCUCGCCUCAAGGAGCGGUGCCCAGGCGACAAGACCGACAAGGGCGGCAGGAACCAGCGCAGCCUGUGGCUACGAGGACUGCAUCCCAAAGGCAGGAGGCAGGAGGGGUCACGAGCUGCCAGGCACAGAGUGAAAGGAGAGGGCAUCCCUGCGCUGCGCUCGCAGGGCCCAGUGCCUGAGCACGCGCAGGAGCGGUACCUGGAGCGGCUUGGCACUGCAGUGGUGCCAGCUGUAGACUCCUCGGCCACUGCGAGCAGUGCAGGCAGCGCCCCAGCGGCAGCUGCGGAGCCGCACGUGGCAGCGGGCCCAGGAGAGGCCCCAGCGGAUGCGGCCGACGCUGCGGCCGCUGCCAGCCUGCCUCUGCGGCGCCCAGCCGCAGCGAGGACUGGGCUCCUCGGAGCCUUCGGGGCCACCGAGGAGGAGCUCGCCGCUGCGGCCGGCGCUACAGUCGAGGCCCUGGAGGACCGCAGGGUGCGCCGCCGCAUGGCGCGCCGUGGCGGCCCGACCGUGA